UGCAAAGAGGGAUACGAGUCGCAUGAGUGCAGUCCGUCGGAGACAAGGUAAACAGCAAGUUGUCAAGAUACCACCGAUCACAACGGAAAGCGCUUUUGCUGGCGGGAGUUUACCGCUGAGGCGUCGGAUGGAUGAUGAGGAGGAGGACAUGUCACGGCCCAUCUCGCAGCUCUGGGGAACUCCCUUCAGGGACAUCAAAUACGAAGACCCAUCCACACAGAUCACAGCCGGACAGGCCUUCCCCGCCAUCACCGCUGCCAUGCCUACUUCACAGAGCCAUAACAACAACAGCAUCAGCGUCGACACGCUGCCUUGCAGUUUGCACCGGCAGCCUCACUUACCCUUUCACGGCAAUGCUGGAUUACGCUCACAUUUCCCUGCUCAGUUUGAGCCCAUGGAGGACAGGGGAGAGAGGCAGAUAGAAGAGGAGGAGGAAGAAGACAGAGGGGAGGAAGACGACAGGAUGGCGGAAAGGCUGGAGGAGCAGGCGGGGGCGAGCGUCGAGGCGCAAAUCGGUCGCAAACUCCGAGAGAUAGGAGACAAGUUCCACCAGGAUCAUGUUGAACUGUUCAUGAGGCAUCAGAGACAAAACCUGCCCGCCUGGAUGCGCCUUACCAUGGCCCUGUUUGGCUUUCUGUUUCAAAGAGAGGCUCUCUUCCCUCGCCUGAGAGGAGCGCAGAGAUGAAGGGACUGCCUGCUCGGCUUUGUCUCGGCCCCCCCUUUGUCUCCCUCCUCUUCCCUUCCUCACGGGGUUGAGGGUCCAGACUUUAAGAGAUGGCACUGUAAGAUGGAACACGGGUUUGGAUUUUUUUGUUUUCUAAUUGAAGAUGAGAUGAAGAAGACACUAGUCACCGCUGGACGGAGACUUGAUUACAUUUCUUUUGUUACUUUUUUUUUUUUAUUAGCUUUUUUUUCGUCUUUCCAAGAAGGAGCCAUUGUGUUUAAAGAGAUAUUUUCGAAAUAUUUGUAAGAUGACCUAUUUUGUACAGUAAACCGCUCUUUUUAUUUGGUAUUUCAAGUCUUGAAGGACCUCCAUCAGUCCGGGGAAUGCCUUAUUCUCUCCUGCCACAGGUCAACAACUCUUUUAUUUUAUUUUUUUGCAUUAACGAAUCCAUAAAGACAAGAGAAUCCAUUUUUAAGAUUUGGGCCAGUUUCAUUUGGAGACCAUCUGUGGAUAUGGACGUUUCUGCGCUGAAGUUUCACACUUCAAACCUUGAGGACUCGAGGCACAUUACUAAUUUAUUCUCAGAGUUACAACACGCCCUGAACUUUCCUUUGACUUUUCCACACUGGCGUUUUUUUUUUUUUUUUUCUUCAAAUGGUUGAUUGAGAUGAUGUGUUACACGCUGGUGUGGCACUGUGUUUUUACCAGCUUCCACUGUAGAUGUAGAAACAUUUUUAUCAACCUGUGUCGUCCAUCCGUAUCUCCAACUCGAGUACCACUCAUGCUGUUCAAGUGUGUUGAUUAGAUCCUGUUGUUUUAAAGGAAAAACACAUGCAUACUUGAAUUUAGAGUUACUUCAAGAUUGUAUUUGUGAUUACUCUUACAAUAUGUGAUCCUGUGUUUGUAGGAGAGUGUGCUUACUGUUCCCCAAAUCUGCAGUAAUAUUUCUACCAAAUAAGCACAAAGACAAACAAAUCUCCUCUGUGGGAUGACCAUCAGGGAACCGGGAAAAACAAUCAGACAGCUGAAAGUCUUUGGAUGAAUUUGAUCACUUUCUGAAGCUCUUCAGGGGUUCGUUCUCUGGCUGGAUUGACAAUCUUCACCCUUUUUGCUGCAUUGUGAAUUACCUGUGAAAAAAAAUACAGCAUCUUUUUUUUAUUUAUUUUUUAGGGCUGAGCAAUAUUAAAGCCAGUGGAAAGAAGCAGGAACAAUCUUCAGGAUUUGUUGCAUUUGCAAUCAAACUGACACCCAUAAAAAAAGGACAUUUCCCCAAGACAUGUUUGCGUUGUCAAAGAAACACACCUCUUAACAAAUACCUUUUUAUGACAGAAACAUUUGAGUUAAAAGCCACAGAGAUGCUUUUUUUUUUUUUUUUUUUGCUCCAGGUUUAGUCAAAUAUCUCACACACUUUCUUCAAACCUGAUGUGCUGAUACACGUUUGUAUCACCUCAACUUUUCAUUCAAGUGCUUUCUUUCACCAAACUGCCAGUGGUACAUUCUGCUUCACUCUGUACAGUUAAAAAAAACAAGACAUUUUUACUACUCACACAGACACAUUCAAGGUAAAGGAGAAGGUUUAUACUCCUUGCUACGUGCUACGUUAGCAUUUUGCAACAACACAUCCACCGUUUCUAAAUGUAAGGAAAAAAAGUCUCCUCUGACUUCAAAUACGAUGUUAACAAUUCCUCAUUUGAUGUAUUUUUUCAGUCUGUUGUAGACUCAUGAUAUGAACUUUUGAAGACACUGAUGUUUUUUUUUUUUUUUUUUACUUUCUCUUUUAUGUUUUCCUCAGGGAGUAGUUAAAGUGACCGUGUUGAUUACCUGACGCUUAUGUCGAAAGUGUUCGCAAAAUUCUGCCUUUUAGCGAGGACGUGAUGCAGUGGACGACGCUGAACAAGCAAAGAUGUUUCAUUCGAUUUUUUUUUUUUUUUUAUCUUUCCAAAUACUUUCACUCAACAUAAAAGUGUGUUACAUAUUUUAUUCUAUGACUAAAAAAAACAGCUGAACCAAAAGUUUGUUUCCUGCAAACAAUGAACGCUGAGCCAAUUCAGAUAUCUUUUCUGACACACUCUCUGGUCUUCAUACUCCCGCUCUCUCGUGUUUAACUACUCCCUGUCCUUAUUGACAAGAAGAUUCACUUUGUUUGGUCUCUUUUGGAUAAUUUAUUCUAAUUUAUUUGUGUGUAUAUUCGCUCAGUGCUACUGUAUAGAUGCUAUCUCAGUGUGUACAGUCCUUUUUUUCUUCUAGUUGACGUGCAUUCAGUUGUGUGUUUGAUGCCUGUGUGUGGGGGGAGGCUGGACUAAAGCCAUGUGCCUCGUGCAUCCUCACACAAACGCCGUGUGAGCCGAAUUCUAUGAAAACAACGGACAAUCAAAUGUACAAAAAAAAAAAAUAAUGUGCCUUGUGAGUUAACAGACCUGUCGCAUCAUCAUCAUCGUCAACACUUGGCAUGGUUUUUUUCCUAAAGUCACUGGUCACAGCUCUUGUUUCACUUGGGCUCUGUGAGAUCAACUUCUAUAAAACGAUCUUAAAUCAGUUUGAUUUCUCACAUCAGCUCACGAGGCACAGGCUCUACCUUUGACAUCUCUCAGCACAAACGGUGACUUUCACCUCACAGAUCCUUCUUACUACCAGAGACGACUGUUUGCAAUCUAUGUGCACUGUAUAAAAAGCAACAACAACUUUUUUUUUUUUUUUUAACCUGUAUACUGUAUUUUGCGCCUCUCUCUUUCGACUCCUGUGCUGAACUUCCCCUUCUAGAUUCCUGAGACUUUUUUAAGAUCUGUAAUAUGCUGUAUCGACCCCAGCUUGCCUGGGUUCUUGUGCUUUAUUGUCUACAGUCUAGUAGGGCUGCGGGUUUUACAUUUGAAGGAGGAAUGAGCCACCAUGGUGCCCAGUAUUAUUCUGACGUGGGAUGGGUUGAGUCCUGUCGUUACCAACCGCUCUUUUGCAAACCCUGACUCAAGUGAAACUUUUUUUAAUGCGUUCAACCUUCAGUGUCUUUCUUAUCAAUUUUUUUCAAUCCGUUUUCUGAGUAUCCAACAAAGAGUGCAUCUUUACUGUCAAGUGCUGUGAUUUGGUGUUUUUUUAUACAUAAGACAUGAAUUUGAUACAGCUAUUGUUGCUAUCUUUUUAAAAAAAAAACAUGUUAGCAAAACAUUUUCAAUAUCUUUUUGUAAGAAUACAUCAAAGAAAGAACUACAGCAACACAACUUUUUUUUUUCUUUUUUAUGAUUGCUUUUUUUCAAUGGUAUGGCAUCUUACAUUUUUGGGAUUUUUACCAAGUCUGAUGUGACACUCAGUUCAAGGGCUUUUUUGGAUAUAUGUAAAUGGAGUAAAAAUGCAUGUCCAACAUUCCUGGAGAAAAAAAAACCCUGUAUCUUAAAAGGUUUGAAUGUAAUUUAAUGGAGUGAAAACCACAAUAUAUCUUUGAACACAUGAACUGAACAGUGGAACUUAUUUCAGACUCCUGUGCUGUGUGCGCGGCGAGUUUGUAUUGUCUUCACAUUGCUUUCUUUACGUUCAGAGUGGUCUCAAGGAUUUCACGCUCAUGUGCCCUAUGAAGUGAGACCCAGGCCAGAUGUAGCAUUUUCUUUUUUUUUUUGUUAAAGCAUUGGCUGUGAUAUCGUUGGGACUGCUCUGUGUUUGGAACAGUGCAGAACGUAGAGUGAUGGAGGGAACGGAGGAGGACAGGGGAUGUUUGUUCUUUUUUCUAGUGCAAUAUGCUGUACAUAAGAGCUUGGCUCUCCAAAUCUUACAAUUUCUCUAAUUUUUUUGUUGUUAAAUGGGUACAUUGCUGUUUUUUUUUUCAUUAAAACUCUAUGGACAAUUUA